AUGAAAACUAUCGAUAAAUAUACAUUACUUAAUCAAAUAGGGUAAGGUUAAUAUGGAAAGGUAUACAAAGCUAAUAAACAUAACACAUAAGAAUAUUAUGCAGUUAAAGUUAUAAAAUUAAGUAGAUUUAAACAAUUACCUAAAUUAACAUAAUUCACAAUGAAUGAAGUAGAAACAUUAAAACGAAUAAACAAUGUAAAUGUGAUCAAAUUUGUUGAAUUAUUUAAUUCUAAAAAUAACUUAUAUUUGGUAUAUGAGUUUUGUAAUGGUGGUAAUCUUGAAGAGUAUAUUCAAAGAAGCAGAAAUCUUAGAGAAAGUGAUGCGAUGGAUAAAUUUGCAUAAUUACUUAAUGGUUUUGAAUCAUUAUAAAAAGAGAAUAUUUUACACCGAGAUUUAAAACCAUCAAACAUUUUAUUGCAUGAUAACAUUGUCAAAAUUGCUGAUUUUGGUUUUUGUAAAAAUAUAGAACCUUUUGAUCUCACUUAAACAAUGGUAGGAUCCCCUAUAUAUAUGGCACCUGAAAUCUUGCUUGGUGAACCAUACAGCUUCUCUGCUGAUAUUUGGUCUUUAGGAGUUUGUCUCUAUGAAAUGCUUUUUGGAAGAUGUCCUUAUGAAGAUGUGACUAUCCCUAGAUUAAUGUAUCAAAUAUAAAAUUAACCAGUAAUCAUGAAAACCAUAUUAGUUAACUAUUCCUUAUUAAGUAUCUGAUGGAAUUGAACGUCUAUUAAGAAGAAUGCUCACUGUUGAUCCUAGAUAGAGAAUUUCUUGGCAAGAACUCUUUUAACUUCGUAUACCCAAGAACCAAAAGAGUGUCUCCCCCUUGAACAAUAGUAAUAGAAGAGGUGUAUCUCGUAAGUGUAAUAUAAUUUGAUAUUAGCAAUUAGAUAAAACUCCUCACCUUAUUAAUAAGUCUUUAUCAAGAAAAAUAGUCAGCAUUUCUCAUAAAAAAUGUCUGAUUCUAAUGAAAGCUGGCUUCAUAAUAACAUCAAGAUUAUUUUACAGCAUAGAAAAUUAUUACUUGAACACAUUCAAGCUAUCAUCAAACUACUUGAAGUUAAUGACAAUGUUCAUGUCCCUUUAAUGGUACUCUUUAUGAUUAGGUACAUUUAAUCCCAAUUAAAAUUAAAUGUUGACUCUCUCAUCAAAUUAAGAGAAUUCAAAAACACUCCUCAAUUCGAGAAAAUAUCAUCUAUAUAUAAGGAAGAUGAAAGGUAUUCAUUAUUAUAUAUCUCUUUCAGCUAAGUUCUUUUAGUCGAAAAACAAAUAGUCCAAGAAUUGAAUAAAUCGCAAUGUCCUUCUGAUAAUGUCACUUCUGAAGAAUUCUAAUGGAACACUAAAUAGUUUUUGCGUACGAUCUCUGAUGAUAUCCAUUCAUCAGAAUUACAAUAAUAUUUAUAUAGGUUUUUAGAUUCACUCAAUAAAUGA